AUGUUUGCUCGUACGCUCCCAAGAUGCUUAAGAUCUCCAGUUGCACGUAGAAUGCUUUCUACCAACAUAGACAAAUCAGAAGCUGCACCAAGUUUCAAGACCAUUUUCCUUGUGGGUAUAGUUGGUACAGCUAUUUUUGUGAAGGCUGUGGAAUCCUUAGAGCAAAACAAACCAAAAACUACUUUCACACCAUCAGAAUUUGAUACUGUUAUGAGUGGCUUGAGAAGAAGAGUGGCUAUCUUUGGACAAGAGGACUUAGAUUUACAUUGUAUACGCAGUGGGACACCUUUGAAGAAAUUGAAACUGUCUAAGGAGGCUAAAAUUAUAAGACCAUCGGAGGUCGCUGAAUUUUACAGAAAUAAGAGCGAUGACAAGUACUAUGCUCUCUUGAACGAGAUAUACGAAAAGGAAGGUGAAUCGUACAUGAAACACUUACCAAAAGGUCUAAAUGUUGAGAUAAUAGGCAGAUACAUGAGAGACAAUUGUAAAAAGGGCGAUACCGUGUAUUUAUUAGACUUCCCAGAGAACAUCAAGGAUGCUAUCAAAUUUGAAAAUGAAGUCUCUGUUAUCGAUAAGGUGAUUGUUCCUAAAUCCUCCUCCGAUGACGAGGUCUCCCAAUACUUUAAAACAGUUAACAAAGUGGACACAGUCUGA